UUCCUCCCCAGGGCCGGGGCCGGCGCCCCCGGGGUCCCCAGCCCCCGGCCUCCCCGGGGGUGCGGAGGGGAGCGGGGGGCCGGCGGGACCCCCCUGCGCCCCUCCAUCGCCGGGGUCCCGCUUGCGGGGAGCGAAAUCCUUCGGCUCUCCCCCUCCUUCCCUCCCCUCCCUCCUCCCUCCCUCCUUCCUUCCUUCCUUCUCCAGGCUUGGCCCGGGGAGGGAGGGGGGCUCUGCCUGCAGUCUGCCUUCACGCCUGCCCGCCCGGGCGACGCCGGGCUCCCGCCUGCCCCGCGACCCCCCCCCCCCCGACCCCUCCGGCCGCCCCCGGCCGCCCCCCGCGCCCCCCGGGCCAGGUGAGGCUGCUCUGCCGUCUCUUUCGGAUGUAGGCAGGCGAGACCCCGGAUGGAUUUCGGGAGCGUCAUGAACCAGGCUGUGACCCCCUGCUCCCCCGCCGUCAACUAUGAACCGCCGUCCCCAGGGGAGAGCAUCACGAAGCAGGUAGACACCCCGGAUGCCACAAAAUCCCCCAGGAGCGGGCAGUCACGCUGCAAAACCUCCAGGAGCAUGAGCCUGACCUCGGCCAUGGAGAGCAGCUGUGAGCUGGACCUGGUGUACAUCACGGAGCGGAUCAUCGCCGUCUCCUACCCCAGCACGGCUGAGGAGCAGAGCUUCUGCAGCAACCUCCGUGAGGUGGCUCACAUGCUGAAGUCCAAGCAUGGGAACAACUACGUGCUUUUUAAUCUCUCUGAGCGGAGACACGACAUCAGCAAACUUCACCCCAAGGUGCUGGAUUUUGGGUGGCCUGACCUGCACACCCCAGCGCUGGAAAAGAUCUGCAGCAUUUGCAAAGCCAUGGACACGUGGCUCAAUGCGGCGACACACAACGUGGUGGUGCUGCACAACAAGGGGAACCGUGGCCGGCUGGGGGUGGUGGUGGCUGCCUACAUGCACUACAGCAACAUCUCGGCCAGCGCCGACCAGGCUCUGGACAGGUUUGCCAUGAAGCGCUUCUAUGAGGACAAGGUGGUGCCAGUGGGACAGCCAUCCCAGAAGAGGUACAUCCAUUACUUCAGCGGUCUCCUGUCCGGCAGCAUCAAGAUGAACAACAAGCCCCUCUUCCUCCACCACGUCAUCAUGCACGGCAUCCCCAACUUCGAGUCAAAAGGCGGUUGUCGGCCGUUUCUGAAAAUCUACCAGGCUAUGCAGCCCGUCUACACCUCGGGGAUCUACAACGUGCAAGGAGACAGCCAGACAGGCAUCUGCAUCACCAUUGAGCCCGGCUUGCUCCUCAAGGGUGAUAUCUUGCUGAAAUGUUACCACAAGAAGUUUCGCAGCCCAACCCGUGACGUGAUUUUCCGCGUGCAGUUCCACACGUGCGCCGUGCAUGACCUUGAUGUUGUCUUUGGCAAGGAGGACCUGGACGAGGCCUUCAGAGAUGACCGCUUCCCUGAGUACGGGAAGGUGGAGUUCGUGUUCUCCUAUGGCCCUGAGAAGAUCCAAGGCAUGGAGCACCUGGAGAAUGGGCCCAGCGUUUCCGUGGACUACAACACGUCUGACCCGCUCAUCCGGUGGGACUCCUACGAGAACUUCAACAUCCAGCGUGAGGACAGUACAGAGGGCACCUGGGCUGAGCCGUCCCUGCCCGGCAAGCACCUGGAGAAAGAGGUUGGGCACACGCAAGGGCCCCUGGAUGGGAGCCUCUACGCUAAAGUGAAGAAGAAAGACUCCCUCCACGGCAGCACCGGCGCCGUCAACGCCGCUCGCCUCCCGCUCUCGGCAGCACCCAACCACGUUGAGCACACGCUCUCGGUGAGCAGUGACUCGGGCAACUCCACCGCCUCCACCAAGACCGACCGGACCGAUGAACCGGGGGUGCCCGGGGCGCCCAGUGGCCAGGCGGUGCUGAGCCCCGAGGAGAAGCGGGAGCUGGAUCGUCUCCUCGUUGGCUUCGGCUUGGAAAGGGCGCCGCCCAUGCACAACCACGUGCCCGGCCCCAUACCGGCGCGCCUACCCGCCAUGCCAGGCCGCCACGUGGUGCCGGCUCAGGUGCACGUCAACGGGAACGCCGCGGCGCUGGUGGCGGAGCGGGAGACGGAUAUCUUGGAUGACGAGCUGCCCAACCAGGAUGGGCACAGCGUGGGAAGCCUGGGCACACUCUCCUCCUUGGAUGGCACCACCACCGCUAGCGAGGCCGGCUACCAGGAGGCACCCCGGGUGGGCAGCCUCUCCUCCCUGCCCAACGGCCCCUCAAGCUGCAACGGAGCUGAGAAGCUACUGAAGGAGGGGCUGUACGAUGGUGAGCCGCUCUCCAACGGCGGCUACCCCUACAACAACCAGAACGCCCUGAUGGGCCACCACCUCCGUGACCCACUGCCUUCCUUGCGGCCUUCAGCAUCCACUCAGGACCAUCUGGCCGGCUAUCCGCAGCGCCCGCCGGGCUCCCACGCACCGGGCUGGCUCCAGCCCCAGCCGCUGCCCAGCUCCCAGCCCUACCUGUAUGGCUACGACCCCCCCGGCACCUACCGCUCCCGGUCCUUCCCGGCGGUGGACACAGCCAAGUACGACACGACCCCGGCGCUGCCCCAAGCCCCGACUCGCAGCACCAGCAGCCGGGAGGCCGUGCAGAGGGGCUUGAAUUCCUGGCAGCAGCAAGGAGGGAGCCGGCCGCCUUCCCGGCUGCAGGAGGGUGGCAUGGAGAGCCACAGCCCCAGCAUCUCCAGCUGCAGCCCCCAGCCCAGCCCGCUGCAGCCAGUGCCCCCACACAGCCACAGCAUGCCUGAAUUCCCCCGGGCGCCUUCCCGCCGGGAGAUCGAGCAGUCCAUCGAAGCCCUCGAUGUCCUCAUGCUGGACCUCGCACCCACCGUCCACAAGUCACAGAGCGUGCCCGCCACCUCCCGCCAGGACAAGCCGGCAGGACCCCUGCUCUCCUCCCUCUCCGCCCAGCCCAUCGCUGGUCUCUAUGCCCGGCCGGCUCCACAGGUGGCCCAGCCAAGGUCCUUCGGCACCUCCGUGAGCCCUGUGGUCUCCGAGCCUGGGGGCAAAGCCUGUUCUCCCAGGGAGCCGGACUAUGGGGUGCACGAGUACCGGGAAACCUAUUUGCCCUACAGCUACCAGCAGGCACCGGUGCCGGAGCCGAGGAGCUACAGCCAGGCCCCAGCUGGAGCACCGAUGGGCAUCCUCCCACUCAGCACCUCCUACAGCCCCGUGGGGUCUCAGCAGCUCCUCAUCUCCUCCCCGCCUUCCCCCACCGUCCCAGCACAAACCCAGAUGCCCCCCAAGGGACCGGAGAGCUAUGAAGACCUGUCGAGGUCGGCAGAAGAGCCCUUGAAUCUGGAGGGCCUGGUGGCCCACAGGGUGGCAGAGUACAACGCCAAGCUCAGGGACCUCAACAAGAGCACCAAAGCCCCCCGUCCUCCUCUGAACCAGCAACGGUCCUUCUCCUUCUCCGGGGUGCAGUCCCGGGAGAAGCCCCCGGAGGAGAGUGCCGUCCCUGCCCGCAAGCGGACCCCCAGUGACAGCCACUAUGAGAAGAGCUCACCGGAGCCCAGCUCGCCGCGCAGCCCCACCGUCCUCUCGCCUGAGGUGGUCAGCACCAUCGCGGCCAACCCUGGAGGGAGGCCCAAAGAGCCUCACCUCCACAGCUACAAGGAAGCCUUUGAAGAGAUAGAGGGUGCCUCCCCUACCAGCCCACCCUCCAGCGGCGGUGAGAUUUCUCCCCCCACCCCAGCCUUCCCUGUCUCGCCACAAACCCCUUACUCCAACCCCUUGCGUUCUCCCCCUGGCCUGGCCAAGACCCCGCUCUCAGCACUGGGGCUGAAACCCCACAACCCGGCCGAGAUCCUGCUGCAUCCAGUGGGAGAGCUAGAAGGGGAGGCGGGUGGUGACUCUGAAGAAGAGCCCAGGAGCUACGUUGAGUCGGUGGCCCGCACGGCCACGAUGGGCAAGGGAGGGAGCCUGCCCACCACCCAGCCUGGAGGCCCGGAGAUGCCUGCCAGGAACGGCACCUUCACCAACUCCUUCACUGCCCCCAGCCCCGUCUCCACCAGCAGCCCCAUUCACAGCGUGGAUGGGGCCUCCCUCCGCAGCUACCCAUCGGAGGGCAGCCCCCACGGCACGGUUACACCUCCCCACACCUCGGCCGAGCCUGUUUACCGGUCGCCUGUUGGCUCGCAGAUGCCCUCUGCUCACAGCAGCUACCAAAAUUCAUCUCCAUCUUCCUUUACAAUGGUCCAAGGCGGGGUCCCGGGCUCGGCGUACGCCAGCCCUGACUACCCCGAUGGCCGAGCCAGCCUCCAGCCGGACCCCCAAGCUCGGCCGCAGCCACAGGUCAAUGUGGUGGGGGUCCACGUCCUGCCGGGGAGCCCCCGCACCCUGCACCGGACAGUGGCUACCAACACGCCGCCCAGCCCCGGUUUUGGGCGAAGAGCUGUCAACCCCAGCAUAAGUGGCGCUCCCGGCAGCCCAGGGCUAGGCAGGCAUGCUGUGACGGCCCACGGCAACUUGGUGGCCACACCGGGGAGCCCCAGCCUGGCCAGGCAUCAAGCCGCGGCAGCCGUCCCCCCCAGCAGCCCCCUGUACGGCUACCCCAGCCCGGAGGAGAGGCGCCCGACGCUGUCUCGGCAGAGCAGCUCCUCCGGCUACCAGCCUCCUUCCACGCCGUCCUUCCCCGUCUCACCGGCGUACUACCCUGGCACAAGCACGCCGCACUCCUCCUCUCCGGACUCGGCCGCCUACCGCCAGGGCAGCCCCACACCACAGCCUGCGCUGCCCGAGAAGCGUCGGAUGUCGGCCGGGGACCGCUCCAACAGCCUCCCCAACUAUGCCACCAUCAACGGCAAGGCAUCCUCGCCCCUCUCCAGCGGCAUGUCCAGUCCCAGCGGUGGGAGCGCCGUCGCCUUCUCCCACACCCUGCCAGACUUCUCCAAGUUCUCCAUGCCAGAUAUCAGCCCCGAGACUCGUGCCAACGUCAAGUUUGUGCAGGACACUUCCAAGUACUGGUACAAACCAGAGAUCUCCAGAGAGCAGGCCAUUGCACUGCUGAAGGACAGGGAGCCGGGGGCUUUCAUCAUCCGAGACAGCCACUCCUUCCGGGGAGCCUACGGCCUUGCCAUGAAAGUAGCUUCUCCCCCUCCCACGGUCAUGCAGCAGAACAAGAAAGGAGACAUCACCAAUGAGCUGGUGAGGCACUUCCUCAUUGAGACCAGCCCGCGGGGUGUGAAACUAAAAGGAUGCCCCAACGAGCCCAAUUUUGGCUGUCUCUCAGCUCUGGUGUACCAGCACUCCAUCAUGCCCUUGGCCCUGCCCUGCAAGCUGGUCAUUCCUGACCGAGAUCCCAUGGAGGAAAAGAAAGACACUGUGUCAGCCACCAACUCGGCCACGGACCUCCUCAAACAGGGUGCGGCAUGCAACGUCCUCUUCAUCAAUUCGGUGGAGAUGGAGUCACUGACGGGCCCCCAGGCCAUCGCAAAGGCUGUCGCCGAGACGCUGGUGGCUGACCCCACACCCACUGCUACCAUUGUCCACUUCAAAGUCUCUGCACAAGGCAUCACCUUAACCGACAACCAGAGGAAAUUGUUCUUCCGACGACACUACCCCCUCAACACUGUCACCUUCUGUGACCUGGACCCCCAGGAACGAAAGUGGACUAAAACUGAUGGCAGCGGCCCAGCCAAGCUCUUCGGCUUCGUGGCCAGGAAGCAAGGGAGCACCACAGACAACAUCUGCCACCUCUUUGCCGAGCUGGACCCGGACCAGCCAGCUGCAGCCAUCGUCAACUUUGUCUCCAGGGUCAUGCUUGGCUCUGGCCAGAAAAGAUGAGCUGGCGCUUGCGGGUGAUUCUUGAAUUUUGGAGAAGGACUUGGAGCUGAUCCGAGAAGGAGUGUGAGGAAGUGCAUUGUGGGAGAGGGAAGUGAAUCGGGGGGGGGGGGAAAGGGUUGGAAUUUUGGAGGAAAACAGCAAACAACAAAAAAACCCCAACAAAACCCUUAAAAACUCAACACAAGCCAAACACACACAUAAAGGAACCAAAAGCACGCACCUACAUAAAAGAGCUACAAAGUCACGCCAGACAGGAUGCAUGUCCCAUCGCGGGGAAGGUGACCAAAGUGAAGGCGGCAGUGAGAGGCGUAUUCCCAGCUUUCAACAUCACGGUCCGGAGCGGUGAUGUCCACUCAGGACCGAAUGCGGGACCAUGACUGGUGUUUUCCAUCUGGAAAAAAAAGAGACAACGGGCAAAACCCAUGGAAGAAGCUCCAUCCCAGCAGCUCCAUUGGCAAACAUCUGCUGUGUGUUUGAAACCACCCGUAGGAAGUAUCGACGUAGGCUGGGUCUGUGGGACACCGGAGGAGAUGCGCUCAGAAACCUUCCUUUGCCUGGCUGCAGCGGAGGGUCCUCACCGGCCCCCACGCUUCUCCUGAAACCUGCUGGCCACCUGGCAACUUUCUGGGGGCACAGGGGAGCUUGGUCCUGAACCUUCCCGUCCCUGGGAAGCUCGGUCACAGGCUGGCCUCUGUUGCUGACCUAGAGCCCAGCACCGGUCACAGGUGAGCCACUGUGAGUCCACCCGGAGAGGGGGGGUGACGGCAUUUCCCCACCUCCCUGGUGGUGCUUGUGCUCCCCAGCCUGCAAGGAGGUGUGUGGGGGCUCCUGCCGCCCAUGCCUGGGGAAGGCAGAUGCUCCCCAGGAGCCUUCCCGGAGGAUGCAGAAAGUCGCCUCCUCUCCAGUCUUCCCCUUUUCCCUCCCGUCACUAGUCCUCUUUGGCAGUUUUCUCCUGCAGCCUGUCACAUGUUCUCCUAACACAAAAAAACAAAACAGAAAGAAAAACAUUGUAAUAAUAAUAAUAAUUAUAAUAAUAGCGGAUGCUAGCACAGGUGGGUUCCCUGUGCAAAGCAGUGGACCCGUGGCUACCCCUAUCUCGCUCUUCGGAGACGCGCAAGCGGUUUUUGAAUUGCAUGGACGUUCAAGUUGCACGAAAGGCAAAUGACUACAAGUAACUCAGGCGCUUUUUUCUCCUUUUAUUUUGGAGGCCACGUUAAAAAAAAGAAAAAGAAGGAAGAAAAUUAAAGAAAAAAAGAAAAUAAAAAAGGAAAGGACCUGCAGUCGCUGGGCAACUUUGGCUCAGUGGGGAGGUAACAGGUCUGCUGAGAGCCACCCCGCUCAGCAUGCACCUGCCCCCAAAACCAGCUGGCUGGAGGCUCAUGCCCCCCGAAUGCACCGUAGUUUUCCAGUGUCUUCAGUGCUGUCGGCUUUUCCCUUUGCUUUGGGAGGUGAGCAGGGCCAGCUGGGGGGUGAGAGGGAUGAAGGGCCCCUGUGCUGCUGCGGAGGGUGGAUCGUGGUCGGGGGGCAGCAGGCAGAGGUCCCGGCCCGGCGGUGCUGGGGAGGGUGCAGAGGAUGCUUCAGUCACAUGUGCAGGUUUGGGGCAGGAGGAACAGUCUGGCUGGAGCCAUGGGGUCAUUGCUGAACCCUCUGCUGCAAACAUCCCCCCCGAGAGCUUUUUGGGAGAAGUUUUCAGUGCAAAGUGGCCCAGUUAGUCUAUUGGGGGUGAAAAUUAGAAACACAGCACUGCAGCCCCCCUGGAGAGCUUGUCUCCCUUGGACUGCCCUUGCCUUGACAGCUAUAAUAUAUAUAUAUGAGCUACACUGACGAAAUACUGUAAGCUAACGAUAUUUUAAGGAGGAAAAAAAGGUUAAAUUUACACGCGGAAAAUAUUUAUUUUUGCCAUAUUGCUUUCUGUGCACCAUAUCUCCCCCAUUAUGUCUGCCCCCUCCCCCUCUUCCCCUGCCCCAGGGAAACACCUGCACAUUAAAAGAAAAUCCAGAACAAGGAAAAAUACGGAUGGGGGAAGAGGCGCGGGGCCCCCCCCCCCGUGUCGGGGCGGUGUGCGUGUGACCGGUGUGCGUGUGCGUGUGUGCGUGUGCGUGGGGGAGCGAGCGACGUGGGUGCCCGGAGGGGGCUGGCACGGCCGGAGGCUGUACUGAUGUACUGAAGCGAGUGUGAAAGGAUGCGUAGCGAGGAGUUGGUUGCGAGGUGGCGGCAAGACUGGGGGCUCCGGGGGGGAUUUCCCCCUCCCCGGCUCCCUGGCCGCACGGAUGCGGAGACCUUUUCAUUUUUGAUGUUUCCAAAAAGCGAUUCCCUCCUUCUGCGAAAUUCAAGCGAGAUGAGAGAUGAUCUCACACGUAAUCUCCUCACCCUGCCGUUCACCGGUUAGAGAAAACACUGUGUUUAUAGAUAGAUAAAGAUAUAUUUUUGAAAGCCUCUAUUUUUCAGACUUGGUUUUCUCACUGCUAAGAAAAGAGAUGAUAAUAAUGUAAUUUUAUUUUAAUCUGCUGCCUCAGAAACAGGUGCUUGAAACUCCCAUUCCUUUUUUUCUCCCCAUACAAACAAAAUAGAUCUAAGCACCCCAGAGAUGUCAAGUAGAAGCCAACCCCAGCAGAUACCUGCCGAUAGCAUCACGCCUGCUUCGGGCCCUGAGCCGCUCAUGGCUUCCCCACUAACCCACUAGCUGAAGAUGUAGACCAUAUCCAAAUCUCUAACACUAACAAAAUUGUCUGAUGAUUAUGUUAUUUUUUAACACAUAGCUAAUCACCUUCAAAUGAUGUAGCCAGGUGUUUGUCAGCUCCCUUUAAAGGCACUUUUUUUUUUUUUCCUUUUAUCUCCUUUUUUAAGUUACAUUUUUUAGGUGUAACUACCCUAUCUGUCCCCAGGAGAGAGCGUCAGCCAGUGUUGAGGAUCGCCCAGGUCCCAGGGCUGGCGGGGACCUAGUGUUGAUAUUUUUUCCUUACAAAAGGGACAGAAAAAGACUCUGUAUUUUUUUCUUUGGUUUUUAAAUGCAGUCAUGGUAUUUGAGAUUCAAGCUUGUGCGAGUUAAGCCCAGCAUAUGUUUCGUUGUAAUCACACUGCCGUUGUCAGCAGCCGGAUGGUAUCUCUCUCUCGCUCACGCACACACACACAAACACAUCCCUCCUUCCUGCACAAAGAACUGCAUAUAUUCUUGCCAAAGAUAUCCUUAAAAACGCACUUUUGCCCACAUAUAUAUAUAUAUAUAUAUUAUUUUUUUUUUGCGUGUGUAAAUUUAUUGUAUGUGCCCUAUUUGUGUCAGUUUGUUUUUCAAAGAAGCCCUUUCCCACCCGUCCUCCCUUUGCUGUCAAAGUUACUGUCUGUUGGAAAAUGCUACCCAGGGGGGUCGUUUGCUGCCUGUCCCAAACGGUAGCGCCUGCAAUGUGUGAAAUGUGGGGUUCCCGUUCAGCGGGGCUGGCUCUGGCUCUGCCCUGCUCCGGGAGCUAUUCUGGGGGAUGAUCCAUGUCAUCAUCUGCUGAUGGGAUGCACCCAUCUCAUGGUCUUUGCCAGCCCCUCAUUGCCAGUGGAGAUGGGGGGCUCAUGGGUUUAAGCAGAUAAAUUGAGCAAAGUUUGGGGUUGCUCUGGAUGCAACAUUUUCUGGCUGCCCCCUGGUCAAACCACACAUGGAAAACAAACCAGGUAGGGAGAAAAAACCAACCCAGCCUCUGGGCAUUGAUUUUCCAGAGAGCUCAACCGCCUGAACCGAAGUGCAGAGUAAAUCCCCACCCAGCAGGUUGGGCAGGUAAAGAAACCAGUUGCCCCAAAAACCCCAGACAGCAGCAUCAACAAAAGGCAACCCUUCCCGUUGGAGCAGGCAGGAGGAUCAGACAGCAAAGGAGCCCGCAGGGGCUUGUUUCAUUUCGUUCGUUUGUUUUGCAAAUUAUGAGGUUGGUUUGGGGUUACUAAUUUUUUUUUUCUUUUCCUUAAAAAGGAAAAAAAAAAAAAAGAAAAGAAAGGAAGCAACCUGACGUUUCUGUUGGCGGAUCCUGUGCCGCCGUGUUAUGCGUGGGUUUUUUUUUUUUUUGUUGUUGUUGUUGUCUUUGUUACUUUGGGAACGUUACAGAUUUAUUUGCUAAUCAGUGUUAAUGAACAGUUUCAAACUUUUAGACUCGCCCAUUUCUGUGUAUUUAUAUAGAUGGAAAAAAAAUACGUUAUAUUUUGUAUCUUUGUGCCCAUAAUGUUGUUGCGUGUGUAAGGAUGACUUUGGUCACACCAUGUCCGUGUGUGAAUGUGACUCCGCUGUUGUCUUCCCAUUGUACAGAUGUCGGAUUCUUUGCAGUUCAUUGUAUGGCUUUAUAAAGUGGUAAAAACAAAAAAAAUCAGUUAUAUAAAAUAUACUGUUGCUUGGAAUGCCA